CGACGUAGAUAAUUUACCAUUAUCGAAAACCGCCGCUCGGAACACGUCCGCCGACCAUUUCCAACGAUGAAGUCCCGCGCGGUGGUUUUGCUCGCGUUCGCCGCUUGUCUGAUCCGUCCGCCGGCGGCCCGGGCGAUCAUCCACAACGGGGCCAACCCUUACGGACAGUAUUUCUAUCAACCCGCCGUACAACCCAUCGUCCUGUCCGACUCGGAACCUGUUUAUAACAGAGGUACACGCACGGUUUUAACGUUCUUAUUGUACACGGCGCGCAGUGAUGAUUCCGAUGUAUCGGAGAGUAUUGACUCGUUUCGUAUAUUUAUUUUUUUGUACUCGAGUAACUUUGUUUUUUUUUAAUUUUUUAAGCGUUUUUAUGUACUUUUUAAAUAAGUAAUUAGCUCCGUAAUGUUUGGGGAUGCUCAAACGCCACGUAAAUCAUGCUCCGCUUUCAUACAUUCCCCCUACCCGAACUUAAAAGUGAAAUAUCUCCUCGACGGGUCAACGGAAAUCGAAAAUGUCUGCAUCAAAACGUGUUUAAACAACAAUUACCCCGUUUAUUUAUGGUUUUUUUUUUUUUUUAUGUAGUUUGCCAUCAAACAAAUUAAAAGUAGGUGGUUGGUCCACACCCAAAUAUAUGAGCGACACAAAAUAAUGAAUAUUUAAAAUUUAAAGCUACUUAUAUUUCCUAAAAUAAUAAAAAGUUUAUACUUUCCCAGAUAUCGCAUUGAUCGAUGGCGACCACAAUGAGACAUCACCAAAAUCCCAAUUACCAGGUUACGGUAUAAUAUUAUAAUUGUUUUUCUCUCGUCGUCCAUUUUAUCGAUAAUUAUACACCAAACAUAUUGAAUGCCAAGAAUAUUAUGAUGUACCUAGUCAAAUAUCGGGAAAAUCGACAAUAACUUAAUGUUCUACAAAUAAUCUUAUAUGAUAUUAUAUAUGUUUUUUUAGAACAUCAAUGCCGCCUCAAUAAAUGUCCCGAGUGGAACUGUGAAGACGACUCGGCUAUAAUCCACGGACACUGUUGCGGAUGUCCCUACAUGCCGGGAGACAAACCAAGUAUGUAACGUGAUCUUUCUAUAGCUUUAAAAUAACAAUAAUAAGUGACCGGAAUAGUAUCUUGAUAACCUUCGUAUAUUUAUAUCUUAUCCAAAUAAAUGGAAAAUGAGUUAUCCGAGAUAAAUAAUUAAAUCAACUAUGUAAAUUUGACGUUUUUAAUAUAUUUAAAUAAAUUAUAAAUGACAAUUAUUUUUCAAAUUCUUAAAAAUGAGAUUUCAAUUUUUAGACAAUGGAAACAAAUGGUUCCGAUGCUUUCUCCACGUAUUUUGUUAAUAACCCAACCAAUAAACUUUCAACACUUUUUUGUAUGAUAGAAAUGAAAAAAAUCGUACGUUUUUUUUUAAUAUGUACAAUAAUUAAAUUGUUAUUUAUCUUUUAUUUGUAUCUAUAUAAAUUGUAUAACUUAUAUCUUUAUCAUUACAAUGCAUUUAUUUACAUACAUAAUACAACACUAACAUAUUAAUAAAUAAUUUAUAAACAAUUAGUAUUGUUUGUUAAUGCCGUCCACUACGAGAUAGCGCCAUUUGUUGUUGAAUAUUUAAUAAUAUUGUGACGAUAAAUCAUAAUUUAAUUUACCGAAAUUCGGUGCGUUAAAGAAAUUAUUUUUCCAUAAUAUGCGUUUUCGUAAAAUUUCAAAUGAAUACGUGUGAACAAAGAAAAAAAUUGCAAUUAUAUCCUAAGUAAUAUACACUCUCGUAGUAGGAUGGCUUUAAAAACCUCUCAAAAUACAAUGAAGUAAUUUGAAUUGCAGAUUUUGUCUGUGUGCCGGCGUGGCGCGGGUACUAAAAAGUAGUAAAUAAUAGUUUUUGAAAAUUCAGAACAAACGUAUCCGAAAUGAACGUCCAGUAAUUUUUUUUCAGCUAUAAUAUUCUAUACGAUUUUCAGUGUAAUACAAUUUAAACAUGCACAUUUCAGAAAAUUGUUUUGUCACAAAAAAAAAUAAAUGCCUGAGAUAGUAAAAUAAAUAUGUAGUUAAUAAUAAUCGUAUUAUACCUAAAACAAUGUGGGUUUUUUUUUUUUUAAGCGAUAUAUUAUAAUCCAGCAAUUUAAUUUAUUUUUAUGGUAUUUAUUGUUAUUAGAUAACAUUCGAGUUUUGUGCGCCGACGAUUUAAAAUGUCCAUACAAAAAGGAUAAGCUGUGUUCCGACUAUCAAUUUAUGUUGCAGUGUUGUUGUCCGCCUAAAAAUCCCAUCUUAUCUUUCAUAUUAUAUGAAAGAUGAAAAUAUUUUUGCCAUGUAACAAAUGUUUAUCUACAAGAAUUUUUCAAUUAUUUCGACUAAUUUCCCGAAUUGUGUAACUCUAUUAAAAAAAUAAAUAAAAUACAUAUUUCAAUUA